CAGAGCAGAAGGACGAGCUAAAGCUGCAAGCUGGGGAGACUGUGGAAAUGAUAAAGGAGAUUGAGGACGGCUGGUGGCUGGGGAAGAAGAACGGGCAGCUGGGAGCCUUUCCAUCCAACUUUGUGGAGUUGCUGGACAGUGGGCCCCCAAGCCUUGGUAACCUAGAUAUGCCUUCAAUCAGUCCUGAUCCCCAGCGACAUUCCAAGCUGAGCAGCCUGACCUAUGACAGCCCUCCAGAUUACCUGCAGACAGCCUUCUGCCCUGAGACCUGCAGGGUCCUGUUUGACUAUGAGCCAGAGGCCCCAGACGAGUUGGCACUGCGGAGAGGAGACUUGGUGAAAGUUCUAAGGAAGACCACAGAGGACAAGGGCUGGUGGGAAGGAGAGUGUCAAGGCAGAAGAGGAGUUUUUCCAGACAACUUUGUGCUGCCACCACCCCCAAUCAAGAGGCUGGUGCCACGGAAAGGGCUACCUCGGGAAUCAGCUCUCGUUAAGGAACCCAAAAAAAUGACGCCCAGACCAUCCCUCUCUACUACCAAGAAGCUGACAGCAACUACUUCUUUACCCAGCAAAGCAAAGAUGCCUUGGAUACCCAAUGGGGAUGGGCAGAAGCGCUCCUCCAGAGACUCUGGUGCCAAUGGCAACUUCCUCAGUGGAGGUCCAGGGCAACCUGGCAAGAAGCGAUCCAGAACCCCGGCUCCUGGGCAGCACCCUACAUCCAGUCAGGAGGAAGAGCAGAGAAGGCUGGCAAAGAGCUCUUCCAGGAACAAAACCCCCACGGGUGAUAAGAUCACCACCGCAGAGAAGACCCCACCUCUCCAUGAGGUCUCCAGCCUAAAGAAGACGACCCGGUCUCUGCACAGGGCCUCCAGUGUGCAGAUAGUCUCUUCUAUGGAUAAGACCCCUGCUUUAGAAACCCCAUCUAAGGAUGAAGCCCUUGACCCAAAGGUCCCUUGGGAGGACAAAGCCCUCACCCCAGAAAAGCCGUUGACUCCUGAGCAGGUGCUUUCUGAAGACAUCGCCCCCAGAGACACCCAGAUACAUCACUUCUCCCCGGAGGAAAGCCCGCAGAGGGCAACGUCUGGAGAGCCCCCCCGGAACCAUCCCGGCAUCGAGGGCUGCCUCUGUAGGAGGAAACAGGGGGACAGCUCCCCACUCCAGUCUAAGCUUGAGCCUUCCCAGGGAGAGGCCACAACUUUCCUCCAUGCCAACGAUGACACUACUCCGAAAUUGGAGGCGUCCCCCAAAGAACCUCUAAGAGAGGUGACCCCUGAGGAGCAGAUGCCUCCGAAAGAGAGAUCUUCCACUCCCCAGACACCACAGACUACGAAGCAGACUCAAGAUGCCCAAGAGACUCCCGCCCUUCAUUCCCGGGGCAAGAAUGACCAGACGGAUGGAGUGGCACUGAAGGAGGAAGUGGAGUCCCUCAGGAGCGCGUUCGAGCUGCUGCAGCAGCAGCUGGAGAAGCAAAUGACUGACGUCUGGGAGGAGCUGAACCGCGAGAGGGAGAAGCGCCUUUGGCUGGAGGCUCAGAUGCUGCGGAAGUCAGAGAAGUCUCCACCACCGAGUUUCAAGCACGCGCAGACGCAGACGCAGACGCCGUGAGGGCGGGCGCGGAGGAGCCUCCGUCGGGCUCUGGCAUCCCAGUCCGUGCGCACAGCUUUGGGAAAUGCAAGGAAGUAAACUGGCCUGCCUGCCGCCUGCCUGCCGCUCGGAGCUGGCCGGGGGGGGGGGGGUCGGGCUGUGCGGGACGGGGCGGGGCCGCCCCAGCCCGGCCCCUGGAAUUCCUGGAGGUCUCUGGCGGGCACAUCUGGCCCACAUGUGGCUCCCAUUACGGUUCCCAAAGCCUGCGCGGCUAUUUUUAUCCACCGGAUGGAGGGGGGCGGGGCAGAGGGUGUCUCCUUCAAGACGCCAGCCCUGCGCUGGACCUCGGCGGUGGCGGGCUGGGGAGAGCCACAGCCGGCCGAUUCCGGAAUCCAGCUGUGCAGCCGGAGCUGGGCUGGGAGCCCGACCCCUCCCAGGCGGCCACACCCGCUUGCUGCCCAGAGGAACUCCGGUCCACUCGAUCACCUCGGCCCAGAUAGGAGCUCCACCUGUAGCCUAGCUCAGGCACGCGUGGUUACACUGGGGCUGCCACCCUUAGCGUCACGGCCAGGCUCCGCGGGCCUGCUGCGUGUGACUGCAAUUAUGCCCGAGUCUAGGGCACAGUGCGGCCACGGGGACGUGUGCCCAAGCGUUUGCUGUAGGAAUGCAUGUGAGCGAGGGCCUGCUGUUGUCCUGGGUG